AUCUUCCUUUACUUCAAUUUUGUACACCAUCAAGCAUGUUUGCUUCGUGUCAUUCUAACAAUUGUCUUUUGGUUCAGCUAUUUGAUUGCGUCUAUGGGGCUUCAAAUGUUAUGGAGCUUUGGACUUGCAUGUCUGGAUGUCUAUGCCUUGAGGAUAAAAAGAGACCUUCAAAGUCCCGUCUUAGUGAGCCUAUUUGUUGUUGGUGACUGGGUGACGGCUACUUUGUCACUCGCAGCUGCAUGCUCAUCAGCAGGAAUUGUGGUUCUGUAUUCCAAGGAUCUUAGCUUCUGCAUAUCAGAGAAUCUUCCUUGCGGCAAGUACCAGUUAUCUGUCACUUUUGCGUUCAUUACCUGGUUUCUUAUUGCCUUGUCAUCUCAUCUGAUGUUUUGGAUUUUGGCCUCUGUCUGAAAUCUAAAAUGGCGGCUGCUUUGUUCAUUGCUUUUCUGUCAUAUUUGUAAAUGUGCUCUUUUUUCCCCUCUCAUUUUCCCCGGACCCUUCACCAUCCUCGUAUUAGCUUCUCACACCUUCUUAAGGUGAUUUUCUACACAUUCGUAUUGAAAUGGCUACAAAUCUCUUGAAUGCUGAUUUAGAUUUGUUUCCAUUCAUUUGAGAGAGGUCUUUAGUCUUAUUGUUUGUGAUUACCUUGCGCUAGUAAAUCUUCCGGCGCGUGGAUUGUGUAAAUGUCUUCAUCCCUUUCUAUAACUCGUUCACAAUCUGGCUC